GAAAUAGACGUGGCAAACGACUGGAUACUUCCGGUUCGCUGUGUUGACAAAUGAAAGAGAGACAGCCAGAUGGAUUCAUAAUUUUACGAUUAACUCCAAAGCUAACCCGGUUUUAACUCAGGUUAGCUAUCUCAUGCCUUGGCAGGCACCGUAGAAGGUAGUUAGCGAUCGAGCCUUGCAGAGGUAAUGGACGGGACUCGGCUGUUGUUCGUGUUGUUUGGGGGUUUGUUGGAGGUGUAUUGUGGUGUGUCGGCUAACAGAGGUGGAUCUCCUUCGUUUACUGAUGAAAUCCCAUUCAAAAUUAACUGGCCCGGGGCCGAAUUCACCCUGCCAACGUCAGGUGCCUUCUACAAAGAAGAUGACUUUGUCAUCAUGACAACAACAGAGAAGGAGAAAUACAAAUGUCUCCUGCCUUCCUUGUCAAAUGGAGAUGGUGAUGAUGACAAGGUGUACGCUGGUCCCACUCCAGGUGAUCUGCUGGACCCACUGUUCAAAGAGAGCAGCUGCUCCUACAGAAUUGAGUCAUACUGGACGUAUGAGGUGUGUCAUGGGAAACAUGUGAGACAAUACCAUGAGGAGAAGGAGACGGGACAGAUCAAAGUUCAGGAGUACGUCUUGGGAAGCAUGACCAAGACGACAGAGUCUUCAGCCACUUCAGGAACAGAAAUUGCAGAGAUAGAGAAAGUUGAGGAGAUGGAUCCCACGCCAGAAGCUGAGAAAGAGGUUCCCACUAAGAACGUGGAGGGCCAGCUGACUCCAUACUACCCGGUGUUGAUGGCCCACGGGACGGCGUGUGUCCUGAAACAGAACACGCCUCGCUCCACCAAUGUGCUGUAUGUCUGCCACCCUGAAGCCAAGCACGAGAUCCUCUCUAUCGCUGAGGUCACUACCUGCGAGUACGAAGUAGUGGUGCUGACCCCUCUGAUCUGUGCACACCCCAAAUACAGGUUCAAGUCGUCCCCAGUGAAUGCCAUCUUCUGCCAGGCCAUGUCUGGUUCUCCCCUGCGGCCUCAUAGUCUCUCUCAGAUGGACCGGGAGCAGGAGGAGCUGCUGAAACCUCCCUUCACUGCCGCUGCCCCGGAAAGAGAAGAGGAGAGUACGUCCCCCAUGAGAGAGGAGGCCUUCUCCUCUACCCAUAAGCCCCUGGUGGUGGGCGGGCAGACCCAGGUUACUGUGGGAACCACCCACAUUUCCCGUCUGACAGACGAGCAGCUGAUCAAAGAGUUCCUGAGUGGCUCCUACUGUCUCCAUGGGGGAGUGGGAUGGUGGAAGUAUGAGUUCUGCUAUGGGAAGCAUGUACAUCAGUACCAUGAGGAUAAGGAGCAAGGGAAGAACAUUGUGGUAGUGGGCAGUUGGAACGCUGAGGAACAUCUGCAGUGGGCUCAGAAGAACGUGGCCCGAUCCUACCAGUUCAAAGACGACGGGGUCCAGAAAGUAAAACUGGUGUCUCUCUUCUACGGCCAUGGGGACGUGUGUGACCUGACGGGGAAACCCAGACAGGUCAUCGUCAAGCUCAAGUGUAAGGAGUCUGAGUCUCCCCAUGCCGUCACUGUCUACAUGCUGGAGCCUCAGACCUGCCAGUACGUCCUUGGGGUUGAGUCUCCAGUUAUAUGCCAGAUCCUGGACACAGCUGAUGAGAAAGGACUUCUAUCCAUCUCCAGCUAACAGCACAGACAGAGGAGGCUGAAGAGACGGCGAAAAGGAGGGAUGAGCAGAAGUAAAAAUGAAGACGUUUUACUACAUUUAAAUUGAGAAAAUGAUGUGCACAUCUAGUAAAACGUGUUUUUUGUUCUAGAAAAUAAAGGACAGGGAUUUAGGCAAAGAUGUCCUGAAAUGGAAGACUGGAUGAACCAAGGCCCAUGGCACUACUCAGGAGGUCCAGACUGACAUGGACUUGGAGAGGAGCGUGUUGAUCCUGGAACGGCCCUUGGAACCCAGGGCCACAGCACCCCUCUUCCACCCUGGCUUAAACCUCCUAUGUACUGAACCAACUCCAUGUUGCAUCAAAAACCUUAUGAUAAACCUUACAUUUGAUUUGAGUUGGAAAUGGGACCCUGUUCAUGUCACAAGGCUCUAUGGACUGGACUUCAGAUCUUCCUCUUAGGGCAGGUUAGUUCUAGUGUUCUCUGGCCAAGAUGCCUGGACAGAACAACCAAUCAUUCAAACAGCAUCAUCAGGAUAACCAGCUUCCAUGUUGUAGUUGAACACUCUAUAUAUAAACUCCCAGUAAGUUAUUGGGUAAAUCACCAACAUUUCGGCAUCACUGUGUUCUCUUCAGGGUAAUGUCAUGAUUGCUAAAACCAGGUUAUAUAGACAACAGUGCAAUUAGCGCAACCAAUGACAUUAGUGAGGAGUGUGUCAUAAUUCAUUCUAAUGAACUUAAUAAUUGAGUGAAACUGUUAAAUAACAUUGACUAUCCAGUAGCAGCUAAUCAACCUCUCUCCUCUCAAAUAGACAGGCAUUGAGCAUGUUGCUCUACCAAGGAGAGGAGGUAACAUUGAGAUUCUACUACUACAAAGGGAGGCCUACUGGAUAUCCUCUCUAAAAACAUUGACCCCUAAUGGUCUGAAUAUUGACUUUGAUCUCAGGCCCAUUUUAUGAACAAGUCUUAUGAAUGGAUAUAUUCUUUCUACAGAUUAUCAGCGUACACCCAAUAAGUUCCCCCUGUUGAUUAUGCAUUAUGGUUGAACCAAAGAUGACAUUAACACAUUUUUUUUAUGAAAUAGGAAACAAAUAUAUAUGUGAAAUUGAACAAUGUAUGUUGGUGCUAAUAUAUACAAUAGUUAUGUUUCCAUAUGAUAACAAUAUUCAAUAUGCUAUAAUUUUACUCAAUUUCUCAGUUUCACUCAAUUCAUUCUAAUUAACUUAAUUAUGACACACCCUUCACUAUUGUCAUUGGUUGCACUAAUUCCACUGUUUGUCUACAUAAUCUGGUUUAAGCAUUCAUGACAUUACCCUGAAGGCACAGUGAUGCCGAAACAUGGUGAUUUACCCAAUAAAUGACAGGGAGUUUAUAUAGUGUGCGACUCUUUAUUUAUAGAGCUGAUAGUUUAUUCGCCGGUAGUCAGCACCUCUACAUAAAAUCAUUUUCUCUGCUCAUGUUUUUAUACGUAGUUGGUUUUAUCGGCAGCAUUUUAACUGUAUUUAUUUGGGUUUAAUUUCAGUUUGAUUACAUGCUUGUCCUUGACAAUUUAUACACAUUUUUUUGUUUGUAGAUACAGUAUCUUCCGACAAAGUCCGUUUGAAUUUUAAAAUAUUUGGACAAACAAUAUCUGGGCAUAGUAAGACUGGGGCUUUGGUGUCAGGGUUGGGGUCAAAUCCAUUUGUCAAUUCAGGAAACUGACAUUUCUAUUUCGUCAUUCGAAAGCAGUAAGGAAAAUUAGGAUUUGAAUUUCAGUUUACUUCUGAAAUUGACCCCAACCCUGGUUGUUGUUACGUUACAGGGUGAUUGAGAGUAUCUUAUAAACUGAUGUGCUGUGACUUCAAUCCCCGGAUGUUAUUGACGAGCGCUGAUGAUUAACAUUGGUUAUGCACUAAAUCAGAUGUCAUUUCUGUGUAUUUCUAAAUCUGGUGUGUUCUGUGGUUUAAAUGAGGAAUACACUGAAAAAAUAAAUACAACUGUCUGAA